AUGAACGGAACUCUACUCGCCGGUCUGCUCUCCAUGCUUCCUCUGACUGAACUACCCACUUCCUUUUCACGGCCACGUCUCAGACCUCUCGCGCGCAAAGUCCUGCCGCCUGUCAGCAAUGCAUCUGUUCUCCUGUCCACCAGAGCUCAUAGAACUCAUCUUCAGCCAAAUUGUCCUAUCGCGCGUGAUGCCACGUGUUAUGCGGCUCCGGCUGGCCAAUUCAAGGAAGGCAUUGACGAUGCCGUUCGUCGUCUACGCCUCUUCAGCCAGCUCCUUGACACUCCCUUUUCGGCCCAAUACUUCCUGAGGUCCAGACGGCCGUCUCCCCACAAUAAACUCGCUUAUAUCGACUCGUAUUUGGUACACCAGGCAUCGCGGGCACGCUCCGUAACGUCUCCGCUUGGGCGUAUUCGCCAUGCCGCGCAUGCUCUCUGUGAAGAGGUCGGAGAUACUAGCAUGGAAGCUGUUUUAGCGUGCACCGGAUCGCUUAUCGGUCUCGCGGCCACAACGCAUUCCCGUGAGCUCCUUCAAGAGCCUGAAUGCGAGUGCUCUCAGUCCGAUCUGCAGGCGGACCUCUGCGUUGCGGCUAUAUACCUUGGCCCGAAAGCCUACAUCGAGCGCCUGAUUGCGGACGGCGCUCAGUUCUGCAACGAAGAUAGGAGACGUAACGUACGCAGUAGUAUCUUUGGCGACUCUUUUCACGUCGCCACGGUCCGGGGGAGCCUCGACAUCAUUAAGCUCCUCCUCUCAUGUAAUUCAGAGUACAGAGAGACUGGUACCCCUCUGUUUGUGCAUCAACGCGAAAUUCUCUUUAGCGCUGCCGACCAAGACCACCGAGAAUGUCUCGACUUUGCCCUUGGUUCUGGGGCUUUCAAGAUACCCGAGGAAGAAACACAACGUAUGAGUAGAGGGAGUGUCGUCAUUCUUAGGAGUGCACUGUCUGCUACGCCAUGGCCGGCCGCCUAUGAGCGAAUAGCAGCUAUGCUAGGGCCUCGCGAUGAGAUGUUCGACUCACUGUUGAGGGAGCCAGCCGUCUGGCUUGCUCGUAAGGCCGGCUCUGGUAGAUCGGAAAUGGUACGAUACUUUCUCGAGAAGGGCGCGAAGCCAAACCAUGUCAACUCACAUCGAGACACGACGGAUCGCCGCAGUUACAAGUACAAGCCUCUGCUGACAGCGGCUCGCAAAGGCCACGUAGACAUUGUCAAACUUCUUCUCGAUGCCGGAGCAGAUCCCAACUGGUAUGCACCCCAAGACUCCGCGUUGAUGGGAGCAGUCUGGCAUGGCACAACUGCUGUGGUGCAACUUCUGCUAGACCACGGCGCGGACGUCAACGAAGGCUAUCCGCCCCCUAUUGUCCUGGCGGUGUUCAAGGAGCGCUUAGAUCUAUUCCGUCUGCUCCAAGAACGCGGGGCAACCCUUGACACACCCGAGACUGGUGGCUGGGCUAUGGCGGUCGCAAGGUCCCACGGGCUUUGUUCGAUGCGGGACUUGCUAAUACGCGAAGGCGUGGCUAGAGACAUGGUAUUACACCGCGUCGGGUGUCGCGGCGAGUUCCAGUGGUGUUAUAAGCGCUUGUGGCCUGAACGGUAA